AUUUAAUAGUAAAAGGUUGAAGGAAGACAAUACAUACAAUGUUGCUCCUUACCAAGCAACAACAAUAAUCCGAAUCAUUCUAUUCUCCACAUAGAACGAACGUCGUCGUUUACUUCCUCCUUCGAUCUCCUUUCUAUGAAUCCUCCUCCGGCCAUGGAUAUGCCGAUCAUGCACGACAGCGACCGUUACGAUUUCGUUCGAGAUAUUGGAUCAGGGAAUUUCGGCGUUGCUAGACUCAUGAGAGAUAAACACACCAAAGAGCUUGUUGCUGUCAAAUAUAUCGAACGCGGAGAUAAGAUUGAUGAAAAUGUUAAGAGAGAAAUAAUCAAUCAUAGGUCUUUGAGACAUCCUAAUAUUGUCAGGUUUAAGGAGGUCAUUUUAACACCUACUCAUCUGGCCAUUGUAAUGGAAUAUGCAUCUGGAGGAGAAAUGUUUGACAGAAUCAGCAGAGCAGGACGUUUUACUGAGGAUGAGGCUCGUUUCUUCUUUCAACAGCUGAUAUCCGGUGUCAGCUAUUGUCAUUCAAUGCAAGUAUGUCAUCGGGAUCUGAAGUUGGAAAACACUUUGUUGGAUGGAGAUCCAGCACUUCAUUUGAAGAUCUGUGAUUUUGGAUACUCCAAGUCUUCGGUUCUUCAUUCACAACCAAAGUCAACUGUGGGAACUCCGGCUUAUAUUGCCCCAGAAGUACUGCUGAAGCAAGAGUAUGAUGGAAAGGUUGCAGAUGUAUGGUCAUGUGGAGUAACCUUAUACGUGAUGCUUGUGGGAUCAUAUCCUUUUGAAGAUCCCGAUAAUCCAAAGGACUUCCGGAAGACAAUUCAGAGGGUUCUCAGUGUCCAGUAUUCCGUUCCAGACUUUGUUCAAAUAUCUCCUGAAUGUCGUGAAGUUAUAUCAAGAAUCUUUGUUUUUGACCCUGCAGAGAGAAUCACCAUUCCAGAAAUAUUGAAAAAUGAAUGGUUUCUGAAGAAUCUUCCUGCUGACUUGGUGAAUGAAAAGUUAACGGAUAACCAAUUUGAAGAGCCAGAUCAGCCCAUGCAGAGCAUGGAUACGAUCAUGCAGAUCAUUUCAGAAGCUACCGUACCAGCAGCUGGGAGCUAUUUAGACCAGUUUAUGCCUGAUAAUGAUACGGAUGAUGAUAUGGAUGAUAUGGACUCUGACUAUGAACUUGAUGUAGAUAGUAGUGGGGAGAUUGUAUAUGCCAUAUAAUUUAAUUAUCAUUGAGACCGCAAACUGAAAAGAGAGCUUUAUGGUCUUCUCAGCAUCAAGGAUAAAGAAAAAAUUCCGUGACUAUUUCAUGCAGACUGGUUGAUGCACAAAGUUCAUCACGUUGAUUUAUAUGAUGUAUGCUUAUUUGGAACAUCCAUUGUCCACAACAUUUAUCAGUAUCACUUUUGUGGGUCGAGCAACAUGUUUUUUUUAUGUAUAGGGAUCAUCUCUAUUUCUCAAAAGAUGGUUUCACUACUAUGAUUUAGGGUGUAUAAUAACAUAAUUUUAGAAUUUGUUGCAUAAUUAAGUUUUUAUACAUCAAAAAUCAUGAUAAUGAAGCUCUUCAUUUCUUUUCACAAUGGAGAGGACAUGUACUCGUUUUGUACAUUCUAAAAGGGUUGUUGGCUGAGGAAUCCUCAGUGAGGAUAACGUUCAUUACCUUUUUGCUCUCUUGUUGAAUACUUUGUUAUAUUUACACAUUAUCCUUGGUUCUGGCCUGCAAGUUAAGGGAAAUAUUGUUUGAAUUUCA